UUUGAGGGAGAAGGCAUUCCAAGUAUUUGUCAUCUUGCGCCUCUGAUAUCCUCCUUCGAGACAUGUUCACAGUGAAUCAUGAACCCUUGCCUUGCCAUGACAUGUUUUGAUACAGACAACUGCUGCCAUCCCUGCCAGGAUCUUGGAGAAAGUCAUCCGGCCAACUCCUACUGUCAAGACUGUGAUGUGCCGCUCUGUGAGAGAUGUGUGAAAAUGCAUGCGUCUCUUCCUGCAACGUCAAAGCACGUGAUUGCUGACCUUGGUGGAGCAGUGAAGGUCACUAAACGACAGAGACCAAGGUGCACAGAACACAAUGACGACUUGGAUUUCUGCUGCAGAGACUGUAACAGAGCAAUAUUCCCCAAGUGUUGUGCCUUAUACCACAGGAAAUGCGACUCUGUGUUCACUAUUCAGUCCAUAAUGUCUGAGAUGAGAAGUGUUCUUACACACAAUAAGGGAUUGAUUACACAGAGCUUUGACGACACGGGCAGAUCACUUCAACAACACAGAUCACAGAUUGAUGCGAUCAGCCACAACAAAGACAAAAUUAAGUCACAGAUCAGACAGGCCUCACAGAAAGCCAUGGACGUGAUUAAAGAGAAGGAGAACCAGCUGCUGGAGGAGCUGAAUGAGAUGACAGAGAAGCAGUCUGGCCAACUAAGGGGGCGGAUAAAGUCAGGGGAAAUAGACAUGCAGAUGUAUCAACAAUACAUAGAGUACAUCACCCAGAUGUUGAAGUCUGGGAGUGAGACUGACAUGUUUGGCAUGUACCAAAUGUGUCGGUCAGGGGCAAUCAAGAAGGCAACAGACAGGGAUGUCACUUUCACAGACAGUGGUCAAGAUACAAAUCUUAUAUUUGUGAAUGAAAUAGAUGAGAGGAAAUUACACAAGGAUGUACAACUUGGUAGAAUUCAACAGAACAUUUAUGACGUUAUAUAUACGCAAAUUGGUAAAACACAGAGUGGCACAUUUGACGUCAUGUGCAGACCAGUGUUACACAAGACAGUCGGCAUUAGGGUCGAUGGCGACAAGAAGCAGCCGUAUCCAUCUGACGUCACAGUCCUGGUUGUGGAUGGUGAGGAGACACUGGUGGUCACAACUACAACAAUAAAUGUCUGAAAUCCUUCUGCACAAAGAAUGACAUAUCACAACACAGUAAACUGGAUCUUCCAAGUAACCCAAGAUCUGUGACGAGGCUGAGGGACAACCAGAUGGCUGUAUCAGUCUGGGCACACAAUGAGAUUGUAAUAGUACGGGUCACCCCUGACCUUGUACUACAGUCACGUGUCACAACAAAGAAGAAGUACACAUGUCUAACAGACUUGAGUCCUUCAACAUUAGCAGCAGGUUGUUGGGAUCCUCCCUGUGUUGACAUCCUGGAUGUAUCGGGGAGAGUAAUGAGGUCAGUCAGUGCACUCAACACACGGGAUAUAUAACCCUAUUUUCCUCUGUGCUACAGACAGGGGCAACAUCCUGGUGUCAGAUUCUGGGCCGCACUCUGUCUACUGUAUCACACCAGAGGGAGAUGUUGUGUUCACCUACACCCCUACAAGAGUCAAGAG